AUGGAGUCUCAUGUAGAGGUUAGUCGUGUGGUUGAUGUUUGUAGAAAGAUAUGUAGAACAUGGAAUUGGACAUCAAACGGUGGUGUAUGUUCCAAGGGAACACGUAUCAUUAUUGGAUGGAAUACGGAUGUGGUGGACCUUAUGGUUAUUUCUCAAACGGAACAGGUAAUGCACACACAAGUGAUCUUCAAGCAGGACAAAAAAAGCUUGUUUUGCUCUUUUGUUUAUGCUCGUAAUUAUUAUAAAGAAAAGAGGAUGCUAUGGGCUGAUUUGUGUAAGCAUAAGGGGUUUGUUCGUGAUCAGCCAUGGGUUAUACUGGGUGAUUUCAAUUCUUCUCUGAAUUUGGACGAUAAUUACUCGAGUUCAUCUAACAUAACUAUUGGUAUGCGAGAUUUUAAGGAAUGUGUUGAAGAGAUUGAAGUCAUGGACAUUAAUUGUUAUGGGUUACACUACACAUGGAACCAGAAACCCAAACAUGGUACGGGUAUCUUUAAGAAGAUUGAUCGUGUUAUGGGCAAUAUGAGAUUCAUAGAUGAUUUUCCAGCUGCAUGUGCUAUUUUUCAGCCAUAUAGAAUAUCUGAUCAUUCUCCAUGUGUGUUGAAGCUGCCUUCUAUUUCAAGAUCGAAGCCGAAACCUUUUAAAUUUUCAAAUCUUCUUAUUCACAUAGAAGGAUUUCUUGAGGCUUUAAGGAAAGAAUGGGAGACUGAAAUUGGUGGCCAUUAUAUGUUUCGGGCCACACAAAAACUUAACGCUAUAAAAAAACCCAUGCGUAAAAUGUUACAUGAUAUGGGAAACUUGCAUGCCCGUGUUGACAUGUUUCGGACAGAAUUAGAUGCUGCUCAAGUGUCCAUAGAUCAUGAUCCAUCUGACCCUCAUUUACGUGAGCAGGAAGCUAGUUGUCUUAAACUGUUUCAUCAAGCUAAAUUAGAUGAGGAAAGGUUUCUGAAACAAAAGGCAAAAAUCGAGUGGUUAGAAGCUGGAGAUGCGAAUUCAGCUUUCUUUCAUAGAUCCUUGAAGUAUAAAAACCAUAGAAGUAGAAUUGAAGUAAUUAAGGAUGCAAAUGGUGUACUUCAUGAAGGAGGAGAUGCUCCUUUGGCUCUAGUUGAUCACUACAAAAACAUUCUUGGAGUGGAGGAUAAUAACUCGCUGAAAGUCCCCCAUCAUAUUUUCCAAAAAACAUUGAAUCAUGGGCGAGCAACUUAUACGGUGCGGUCAGUAUCAAAUGAAGAAAUUCGCAAGGCAAUGUUAUCGUCCAGAUGGUUACACAUCUGCGUUUUUUAA